AUGUAUGAAAAGCAACUCAAACAACGAACUGAAGAAUGCAAAGCAGCUCUCCAGCGUGGUUCUCACAUACAGAUUUAUGAUACAUUUUGUGAGAUCCAUACUCCUACACACAGUCUCCCUGUAAAACCUGUCCUGGGUACCGCCAACUUUACUCCAAAUGAAAGUCCUGAAGAUCACUUGAAAGAAGCCAUGGGAAAAGUUAUCACCUCAGGUCAAGGUCAAACUUCAACUGACCAUGAUCGGUCAGUCUCAACAUCUGAUGAUCAAGGACAGUCUUCUCUACACCAACAACAGUCAGGAGCAAAGGUGGGAAAUGCAGUGACAACAUACAAACUACUGCCACGGACCAAGGUAGUGGACCAGUGGGAGUCUCCAUGUGACAUUGGUUCUAUAUGCCCAACUACAGAUGGUCAUGAGUGGACCAAUUCCACUAAAACAUUAACUCUCCUGGACAGGAAGGGUAAAGUAAUACAGAAUGUCAAUCACAAUGACUGGAUCAAUGACAUCAGUCUGUCACCCACCACACACACACUGUGGGCCUGUGACAGUGACAAUAACAUCAUGGAGAUGGUAUCAGGACGCCAGACUCACAGAUUCAGUACCAAAGAGGAACCCGCCUGUAUAUGUAUUACAGCCAGUAGCCAUGUCAUUGUAGGGAUGCCCAAACACAUCUCCAAAUUUACCACAGAUGGUAAAAUGGUGUGUGAUUCCAAGGCUACAGGGAUUGUGUGUACACCAUACAGGAUCUCAGAGUGUCCUGUCACUCACAAUGUGGCAGUCGCUGUUGCAAAGAAACAUAUAGUUGUCAUGAACAAUGAUUUCAAGAAACUUUUUUUAUAUAGAGGUGAAAUCACUCGUUUAAAUCAACCAAUAACACACACAAGAAGUAGACCAUUCAAUCCAUGUGGUGUGGUGUAUGACAGUGUGGGAAACCUGAUCAUAGGGGACUAUAACAACUACAGGGUCCUACUCGUCAGUGGAGGUGGUGAGUUCCUCAGGGUCAUACACACAGACACAGACUAUGUAUGGGCUGUAAGUAUAGACAGGGAGGAUGUCCUGUGGGUAGUGUUUGGGUCUGCACUGAUGGGUAACACAGUCAAACUACUACAAUACAGGAAUGUGUAA